AUGCCCCCGUAUAGAAUGGAUAGAAAAUCUGCUAGAAUAAAAGCAGAGUUAGAAAGAUAUGGUUGGAAAGUUUCGAAGAAGUUUAAAUAUAGGAAGGGAAGACCCAUAAAAGUCUAUGACAAACUAUCUGGUCUUCGCUAUGAAAUGGACUUGGAAACAGCACGCGCAAAUUAUCCAAACAGACUAGAGAGGUUAGAAGAAGAACGUCUUAUGAACAUGCCUUUCGAUGUUACUGAGCCACAGGUUGAAGGACACGACGGCUUUGCCAGAUUCUACUGGAAACAUGACGAACAAUUGCAUCCCUUGAGACGGAAAAAAGGGAAGGGUGAAGACGCACAUGCUCCCAUGGAAAGAACAAGAUAUGCAUAUGAAAAGUAUCGUGAAGUUAGAAGUAAAAUUACUUCUGGUCGAACCUUUACAGUAAACUUUGAAGAAGGAAAGAACAAAGAAAGUUAG